AUGGCGGAUACGGAUACAGAGACGCUUCCCAACGGAAACGCGACCCUCAGCGCUGAGGAGGAGGAGAGGCUGAGGCAGCGGCCGGCUGACAUCGACGCGGAUGUCCGCGAGAUGGAGCGUAGGAAGCGCGUGGAGGCGAUCAUGUCUUCGAAGAUGUUCCGCGAGGAGCUGGAGCGGGUGCUGGACCAGCAGGCGCACGAGGGGAACGACGCGCCGCUGCUGCAGAGGAUCCGGGAGAUGGUCGGCGGACGGCUGGGCGCUGGCAGCAUGAGGGGUCCAAGUUGUAUGUUACCCAUCAACGAUAUCCGCGGCAUCGAAGGCGUUGGAUAUGAAAAAGGGGAGAAGAUACUCCGAUGUAAGCUGGCAGCUGUGUACCGACUGGUGGAUCUGUUCGGCUGGACCCAGAGUGGUAUAUCCGGUCAGAUCACAGCUCGUCUGAAUACAGCUGUAGAGCAAGUUCUAACGACUCCACGAGGUCUACUUCCUCACGAGGUGACUGCCAGCUCGCUCGUGAAGCUAGACAUGCAAGGCGUGGUUCAAGAUCAGGGAACUACCAACUUCCCUGUUAAUGUUGAAGGCUUCUCCCUGCACGCGUCUGUCCACGCGGCCCGGCCGGACCUACGCUGCGUGCUGCACGUCCGCUCUCCCGCUGCUCUGGCCGUGUCAGCUAGUAAGCGGCGCCUUAUGCCGCUGUGUGGAGAGGCUGUGCUGCUAGGAGACGUGGCAUACCACGCUGUGCCCGCAGGUGUUUUGGACAAUUCCGAGCGUGAUAAGCUAGUCCGCGCCCUAGGACCUCACUCCAAGGUGCUAGUACUAGCUGGUGGGGGAGCUCUCUGCUGCGGGGAGACCCUGGAAGAAGCCUUCUACCACGCGCGUAUGUUGACAGCUGCCUGCGACGUUCAGCUAAGACUGGCAUCCAUACCUCAAGAUGAUUUACUGGUCAUAGAUGAGGAUACUAGGAGACAGAUGUACGAGUCGUCCCGCAAGCCUCCCUCCGAUUCAUCCAAGUGGCGCAUCGGCGGGGAGGAGUUCGAGGCUCUCAUGAGGAUGAUGGACAACGCUGGCUACAGGACCGGCCACGUGUACAGACACCCGCUGGUCAAGAAUGACGUUCCCAAGCCGAAGAGUGACGUGGAAGUUCCGCCGGCCGUGUCCUCGCUGGGAUAUCUGUUGGAAGAGGAGGAGCUGUACAAGCAGGGAUUGUGGAAGAAGGGCGGUAAAUCCGGUGAACGUACGCGCUGGCUGAACUCACCGAACGUGUAUCAGAAGGUUGAACUAUUGGAGACUGGUACUUCGGACCCUAAGAGGAUCACAAAGUGGGUGGGUGCUAAGGAUGAAGAGUGGGUGCAAGACGGCUCGCCAGCACACUCGACGCCGGUCAAGAUUGACACACUACAAUUCGUGCCUAAAAAUACGAACCCAAAGGAGUUCAAACAGCUGCAGCAACAGAUAAAAGAGAACCGCCGCGCGGACAAGAUCAGCGCCGGGCCGCAGUCACACAUACUGGAGGGAGUCGCUAGGGACGAGGCGCGCCUGCUGCCCGAGGACGCGGCCGGCACCCACACCGGGGACCAUGUGAUCUUAAUGGGAGCGGCGUCGAAGGGCAUCAUACAGCGAGGGUAUCAGCACAACGCGACCAUGUACAGCGCGCCGUACGCCAGGAACCCAUUCGACCACGUCACGGAUACCGAUAUAGACGAGUACAAGCGGGUGGUGGAGAGGAAACAGCGGGGACAGGAGUACGACACGGACAUAUCCGAGUCGGAGGCUCUCAGCGCGCCGCAGCGCUCCGCCCCCGACACUGAGGACGAGUCGCGAGAAGAGCAACGCGUGCUGAGAAUAGAGACGAAGCAAGUCCCCGUGAUGAGCCAGCCCGAAGUUGUUCUGAGUGAUGACCCGUCAGAUUUCUUGAACGCUGAACGCGACCACGCCGAUCGAACCAGAGCUACCCGCGACCCCUACCUACUUUCCGAUGAUGAGGUCUUCUUGCCGUCGGAACCGAAGAAAAUUGUGAUCGUCAGUAGAACAACGAGUAGCAUUAGCAGUGUCGCCAGAGGUUCAAGGGAAUCUAGAAAACACGAAGCAUUAUCAUCCAACAAGCGCUCCCUGCACAAAUACUCCCGGACACCAAAUUUCGAUAGCACCCUACAGAAAUAUAACACGAUACCCAAAUGUAAAACCAGCCUUCAUCAUAAACUAGCGAUGUCUAACUAUAUGUCGUGUAAUUCUGAUAGCGUGGGUAGUCGGUCAAGUUUAUUAUCUAUACCAUCUAUAGAUUUGGAUCGAUGUAAAAUAGAUUCAUCUAGAAAUAGAUCUAUAUCUAGAUUCGGCAAUCUAUAUAGAACGAAUUCUCACAGCGGUUUUAUUAAUUCGUAUAUAAAGGACCCGGAACCGAAUCAUUAUCAUUUGCCCAAAUGUAAUUCUUGCGGGACCAUCAUACAUUCAUAUUCUAGGUAUUUGGGUGACACUAUGAGGUAUUUCUCGUGCGAUAAUAUAGCUAAUAAAGGUCCGAAUGAAAUAGAUUUUAAGCCUUUAAAGGUUAAAGUCAAAGAGGACACUGUACCCGUGUUCAAAGUGUCCAAUAAUGAGUUCGUUGAUAGUCAAGAGUUUAAUGAGGAUAAUUAUUUAGGGGACAUUGGACAUAGCUUUUCUUCAGAUAAUAAGACAGUUGUUGAGAAAAUUACGAAUGUAGAUAAAAUAGAAACAAAUUUAGAUGAACUUAAGAAUAAAGGAAAGGAAAAUAAAGACGAUAUAUAUAGAGCGGUUUAUGUUAAAGUAGAUGAGGAUGGUGGCUCAGGUGAAGGAGAUUAUCACAGUUUUAUAGAUGAUAUGGACUUUGAUCACGCUGUGUACGAUAGUCCGGUUAAAGCGCUGGUUGAAAAGGACAUAAGGGACUAUUCAGUGCCAAUAGACUUUUAUUGUGAGGACUAUAACAGAAAUGAUAUAAGGAAACAGUCGCCGAAGAAGUUACUAGAACAUACGGUGCAGACUGUGUUAGAACCGAUUCUAGAAGAAUCUAAAAGCUCGUCAGAUUCAUGCAGUGAUAGCAAUAAGACUAUUAUAUAUAAUGAAACAGUGCUUAAAGAAGGAGAGGAAAAUACAAAUGGAAUGAAUAAUAGAAAAGAUUUGGAAAACGAUAUGAAAAUAGAAGAUUUAGCACAAAACGAAAGUUGUAUUAUAAGCAAUGAAAAUCAUGACACAAAUAAAAAAACACUUGUUGAAGAAGAAAGUAAGAAAGGGAAAAGAAUAAGCUCUCUCAGUGGUGGAAGUUCAUUGACUGUUCUCAGCUUAGAUUCAACAGUUGAGUUUGAAAAAUACGAAUUAAUAGCUGAUGUAGUGAGUGUUAUAUUGAAAAGAUUUGAAAUUCAUAUAAACGAGAAACAGGACAAAGAGACGCACGAAGAAACGAUCGAUUUACAAACAGAUGAAGAAGAUAAAAAUGCUACUUUCUCCAUCACGGAAAUGGUUCUGGAUUAUGAGAAGAAUUUAAACUAUAGUAACACAGAAUUAAGUGAGAGUAGCGAAACAGAAGUGAAUUAUUCACAGAGGAUAGUAGAAGCUGUUGUCUACUUCAUAUUCGACAGAGCUGUUUAUUGUUGUGAUAGAAAAAAUAAGAAGAAAGAUAACAAAAAGAGAGUCGUCACUGUUGUGGAUUGUGAAGACAUUAUAUAUACGACAUCUGAUAAUAUUCUCUACCUACAUGAAUCUUCUAUCACGGAUGGACAGAAAGAAGAUAAUUCUGGAUUGAAAGAUAUAAAUGAAGUUCCUGUAGAUGAUGGUAGAAUGGGUUUAAAUGAAAGCAGACAGAAUGACUGCAGUGACAGUGUGUGUAAUGAAGCGACACUUAACUCUACAUUAAUCAGUGAAAAUGCUGAUGCGUCCUUCACGUAUUAUAGCCAAACGGACAUACAUUCAGAGAUAAUAGACGAUUUAUUAGAGAAUUCCCUAAAAAAAUAUGAAAACCCAAAGGAUUUGAGCGAAAGUUUCGUCGCUGAUGUCGAAGUUAUGAACACGGCGUUCGUGGAUUCAGAUUUCUAUAACAGAUCUUCAUCUCCUCUGAGGAAGGUGUUCGAGGUUUGUACCGAGUCGCCCAUAAGAAGGACAGGAUCUAUAAAUGAAUCCAUCUGCGACGCUGACUCGCCCUUCGUGAAGAAAAUAAACGUGAUAUCAAUGUCCCAGACAGUGCACAGCGGCGGCAUCAAAUACUGGCUGUCCUUCGACGAUAAUUUAGUUAUCGAAAAACCUUCACCGAAAUCCAACAAGAAAUUCUCAGACAACAAACUACCUAGCUUCCUAGUUGUGGAUUACGAUAGAAAAUCCGAUUUUAUUGAAAAACGCUCCAGAUGUACAGAUGAAGCAGAAACCAGCACCUCAAAUUACAACACCUGCGAAAGUUCCAGAUUCGAUUCCACAAUCGACGACAAAUAUAUCUACAAUUCUAGAUCCAGGGGUAACAAAAUACUCCACUCGACCUGGCCACCGUACGAUGAUACCUUGUUCUAUAGAAUCAUAUCCAAAUUCAGGCUCACAGAGAGUUUCGAUUUGAGUCACCUGCAAAAAAGAUGCGGCACUUUCGGUUGGUUCCGUGUGAGGAGAUCAAUGAUGAUGGGCGGAGGCGAACAGACAUUGAACGGCGACCACUCUGACGCUCACCAGAGCACCUUCUCACACAGCAGUAAAGAGGGCUCUCCUUCCAAGGAGGUGUCCACAGAAGACUCUCCCAAGAAGGACAAGAAGAAGAAGAAAGGCCUCCGGACGCCCUCCUUCCUCAAGAAGAAGAAGGAAAAGAAAAAGGAGAAGUCCAACACGCCGCAGCCAGCUUAG